AUGUCGUCGUUGUGGAUCAUCAACAAGGCAGGGGGACUCAUCUUCCAAGCGGAGCAUUUCCCGUAUCCACACAAGCAAAACAAUGAGCCGGAUUUGACGUCCAAUGAUUAUUUAAUUUUGGCAGGUACACUGCAUGGCAUUCAUGCUAUUACUUCCCGUAUCAAUCCAACAGAGAGCAAAGCGAAUCACGGCUUGGAAGUGUUGGAGGCGGACAAUCUACUUCUCCAUGUCAAGAUGACGCAGACCGGUACUAAGCUGGUCCUUCUGACCGAUGCCACACACCCCGACCCAGCAGGCAUACUACAGCGAGCGUACGAGUCGUAUGUGGAACACGUCAUGAAGAACCCUUUCUAUAUCGCUGAAAUGCCCAUCCGUGUAGAAGCGUUUGAUCGGGAUAUGCAUCGCCUAUUAAUGUCGUCAUGA